UUCGUGAUUCAGGAACCAACCCCACACUGCCUCUUCCCUACAAACUGAAACUUCAUCCUUCCUAGUCCCUACAAACUGCCUCUCAUCUUCUCCAAGAAGGAGAAACCCUCCACGGAAAAGAAAUUCUCAUCCCGGUUUUCUCUUGUUGUUUCUGACAAAUUCAGAGCAAUCGUCAGUUCAAUUCUGUACGCGAGCUCUUAUUCCGAUCCUCCUUGCACUCUUCCGCUAGGAGGAAUAGAUACCCAAGAAGAGCAAGAAUAGGAAAGGAAAGCUCUAUCCAAGAUGAUGAAAGCAGUUGCCCUCAUUGGUGGUCGCAGAAAAAGCUCUCGCCUUUUCACGGAUUACUAUGACGAAUGGAUCGACAAUCUCAAGAAUACCAUUCUUCCCGAGCUUCGUCACUCCAUGUCAUCCUCCUCGGCCAGCCUCCUCUGCACCAACGUCGAGAUUCUCUACCGCCACAUCCAGGCUUAUUACGAAGCUCUCGACCUCGCCGCCUCUGAAGAUGUCUCCCAGCUUCUUUACCCGGAGUGGCGCAGUCCCAUGGAACAACCCUUUCUCUGGUUCGGCGAUUUACACCCAAAUCUCUUCACCAACCUCCUCAGAUCGUUCCUCACGGAUAAGGAUGAUGAUAAUUAUGCCCAUUCGGACAAUUUCGAAAAGCCUUUGGCAUUUGCGCUGGCGUGGAAGAACCCAUCAGAGGAUCUCAUGAGACGGAUUGAUCAGAUUGAAUGUGGGCUCAAGCUUAUGAUCCCUGCAAUUGUUACCCAAGCUAGGAACGCUCAGUCUGGAUUUAUUGAUCGAGUGGCCGUCGAUUGGGUUCGUUAUGGUGGGAGAAAGGAGGCGACGAAGGCCAUAGGAGGUGCCGCAAAGGCUCAGAUGGAGGAUCUUGCGACUGUAUUUGUAGACGCUAAUAGGCUUCGGAGGAGUAUGCUGUCGGAGAUCAUGAGCGCCAUUAACGUUUUUCAGGAGGCUCUCUAUCUUGAAAGGCUUGCCCAAUUCAUCGUUGGGUUCAGGGACAAUGAAUUGCUCCGUGACUUCAAUCAAUGCAAGAUGCCUCUCUCACCUCCUGCUGCUGCUGCUGCUGCUGCUGCUGCUGCUGCUGCUUCAUCUUAAUUAGUUUCUGAAUUCUUCGCUUCCAUUGUAGGUUUCCUUCUCUCCUCACUGUGAGUACCAAGGCCACCACCUGUAAAUCAUUGGAUUGGGCUGUCUUUAUGGCCUAAAUUGAAACCCUUGGGGGAAUAAAUGAUCUGAGCAUUUGAAAUGGGCUGGGUAACUGAUGUAUCUGCCAUGUUUCCAAAACUUUCACACUUGCAUGGAGGAUUUGUUAUUUGAUGCAACUAAGUACAAGGCUGGGUUUGAAUACA